GUCCCCUGCAGACCCCGGAAGUGCAACUCGAACUUGGUCUGGGCGCCGCUCUCGAGAGAGAAAGUAGGAGACGGUCGCGAGGGAGUUCGCCCAGAUAUCUGGAAGGCCACGCCUCCUCGUGCCUACCCUCUCAGCGUUGCUCCUGGGGACAGAGCUCAGAUUUGCUGUCUAGGAUCAAUUUGGAUGAACUCAUGAAAAAGGACGAACCACCCUUUGAUUUUCCAGAUACACUGGAAGGUUUUGAAUAUGCUUUUAAUGAAAAGGGGCAGUUAAGACACAUAAAAACUGGGGAACCAUUUGUUUUUAACUACCGAGAAGACUUACACAGGUGGAACCAGAAAAGAUAUGAAGCUCUGGGCGAGAUCAUCACAAGAUAUGUUUAUGAGCUACUGGAAAAUGACUGUAAUUUGAAAAAAAUCUCUAUUCCAGUAGAUGCCACUGAGAGUGAACCAAAGAGUUUUAUCUUUAUGAGUGAGGAUGCUUUGACAAAUCCACAGAAACUGAUGGUUUUAAUUCAUGGUAGUGGUGUUGUCAGGGCAGGUCAGUGGGCUAGAAGGCUUAUUAUUAAUGAAGAUCUGGACAGUGGCACACAGAUACCUUUUAUUAAGAGAGCUGUGGAUGAAGGGUAUGGAGUCAUAGUCCUGAACCCAAAUGAAAACUAUAUAGAAGUGGAAAAGCAGAAAAUGCAUAAACAGUCAUCUGACGGCACAGAUGAGCCAGCAGGGAGGCGGGAAAGGAGAGAUAAAGUCUCCAGGGAAACAAGGAAGCGCCGUGACUUCUAUGAGAAGUACCGCAACCCCCAAAAGGAGAAAGAAAUGAUGCAGUUGUUUAUCAGGGAAAAUGGAUCUCCUGAAGAGCAUGCAGUCUAUGUGUGGGACCAUUUCAUAGCCCAGGCUGCCGCUGAGAAUGUUUUCUUUGUUGCUCAUAGCUAUGGAGGACUUGCUUUUGUUGAACUGAUGAUUCAACGAGAAGCAGAUGUAAAAAGUAAGGUGACUGCUGUGGCAUUGACAGACUCUGUUCACAAUGUGUGGCAUCAAGAAGCUGGCAAAACCAUCCGAGAAUGGAUGAGAGAGAACUGUUGCAACUGGGUCUCCAGCUCAGAACCAUUAGAUACAUCAGUGGAGUCCAUGCUGCCUGACUGUCCCAGAGUGUCUGCAGGCACCGACCGUCACGAGCUCACUUCGUGGAAGAGCUUUCCGUCCAUCUUCAAGUUCUUCGCGGAAGCCUCCGAGGCCAAGAGCAGCUCGCAGAAGCCAGCCCUGGCGCGGCGCUCGCACCGGAUCAAGCACGAGGAGCUGUGAGCGCGCAGCCGCCCGCACGCCGCCCGCACGCCGCCCGCCCGCAGCCUCCCGGCCCCCAUUAGAUUGCUUUCUUCCUCCAGCGCAGGGUCGUGAUGUGUCCGUCUAAAUAGCGUUUUGCAUUAUUUCUAGAUGAGUGCAACUGUCAAAGCAAUAUGGCUCCGGCGGCUGCGGCCGAGCCGAGCCGGGCCUCGCGCUGCGGGGCCGCGGCGGCCCGAGGCUGACAGCGCCUGUGCGCGGCGGCCCGGCGCCCCUAAUUGCAGGGCUGUUCCGCGGGCGCGGCUGGCCGGGCGGUGUCUGCGCGGUCCUACCGCCCGCUGCAGCGCGGCCGCCGCUGCCCAGCCUCAAUCGUGCCCGUUUUUAUUCCCCUUUAAACCCAGCAAGCUUUUAUUCUAAACCUCAAACUUCCGAUUUUAACCAGGUUUUUUUCUCCUCAGGUCAUCUUAUGAGCCCCUGUCUUUUUAUACAAAGCCACACACACACCCGAGUCCUCAUUUCUGCCCAAUUGAACUCAAGUCUUUUAUGUCUCUGAUUUCAGGGGAGAAUGGCCAAACGAAAAACAUAAACAAAUCUUUUAGAUGUAGGUAUAAGCCCCCAUUUUCAGUGAAUUUCCAAGUUACUUAUAAGAACUGACCUUACUAUUAAAGUGUAUACCACGAUGUGAUUUAGAUGAUACACGUAAGGUUUGCUCUUCACGUGCUCCAGUGCAGAGCGGGAAUGGUAGUUGUUCCUUACAAACUGUACUUUGAUCUUUCUUGUAGUGUACCCUUUCUGAUGCAAGAUUUUUUUUUUUACUAUCGACAAGAAAAUGAAACUGCAUACCCUCGUCCUUCCAAAAGGCCAAGUAGGAUUAAAAAUGCUUCAGUUUUCGUCUACAGUAGGAAAAGAGAAGCAUUGUGUAAAUGAAUUUCUCAUUUGGGUCCAAAAUAUUUAGUGUUCUCUUCCUGUGAUAAGGUUCUGCCCUAUAAUCCCAACAGACAGGUCAACUCUGUGAAGUAUGGAAGAUAAAAUAAAUUGACAUUUUACUGACUUUCAAAUAAAAGCGUUAAACAUUAAUUACGUGAAAAAUGUAAUUAGUGAAGAUUAUGUCCAGUGGGUGAGAUCGUGAUUUAAUAUGUCCAUCCUAUUUAAAAUGAAUUCAACAGGUAAUGUGUUUGCCUUGUUUGAGACCAUGACACAGUAUAAUCAAAAUGAGUCUGAGUCACUAACACCAGGGAAGAAAACCUGUGCUCAGCCACCUCAUGAGGAAUGUUCUCAUAUCAUGAACUGAUUUUAGCAAGUUUCGAACUGGUAACUUCUCAUGCUGUUUGCGUAUGCAUACAUUUCUGUAGUGACAGUAAAGUCCUCAGAGGCCGUGGCUGGACAUCUUCUGAUAUUACUUAGGCAGAAGCACCUUAGGAAAAAUCAAAACGGUGUUUUAUCCAGCUUCUGCAGUUUAAAGUGUGUUACUCCAACAGUGUCAAGCACAUUGGACUGUCACCGUGGCCCUUUACAGUUCUGGUUUUAGAAGGAUUGGUGAACUUGGUGAAAAUAAUGUUAUCUUCCCAGUGACUGGGCUUGAAAAAUUGGUGUACAUUGAGUGUGUCUUACCAAAUGUUAAAAAUUGUCUGGUGUUUUCAGUAUAUGAAAAUGUUCACAAGAAACUGAGUUUGCAACAUGGGGGGUGGGGGGGGGGGGGCGACCUAUACAGGGCCAAAUUUGCUAAACUUCUGCAGCUAAAUUAAAGCAAAGUAUACAUGCUCAACUUAUAAACCAAGUAACAGUCUCGGCUCCUUCCCUCCAAGGGCCUCCCUGCAGCUCUUAAAUCGGGUUUAGAGAAAGUCUCUGUUUCCUCUGGAUGAGUACUUUACAGUCACUGAAUUGUAACCUUGUCAUCUGUCUAGUAGAGAGCUGUUUACAAAGUUCCAUUUUGUAAAUGUCUGUUACUACUUGUGGAUCUGUGCUAUAGCAACUCAGAGGGAGCCAGGCACAGCACCCCAGAUCACCAGCUGAUGAGUGACACAUGAUUCCUUACAAUGUAGGAUUUCUUGGCCUGUUGAUUGGGCUGCUGUUGGUGUAUGUGCAGUGAUAUUUUUCACCUCGGCUUUCUUGGGAUAACAACAAGCACUUGGCAGUACUCUGCCUGCAUGGAGGCCAGGGUUAAGAUUUUUCCUCUGGUCUUCUUCCUAUUUUUAUUUUCUUAAAAAGAUUUUAGGCACGCAGUGGUAGGAAGGUAAGGUGUGAGGGCUUUUUUUCUUCUUUUUUAAUCUUAUACUUAGUUCUUAAAGUAACUAGAUGGAGAAAGACAUACAUUGGAAAUUCAAAAUACUCUGAUUCAAGCUUAGGUGCCAGGCAGUUGCUCUGGAGUUUAGGGCACCUGACACACAGUCCUUGGAAGUCAUCCUGGAUGUUUGCUAGACCAUCUACUUGUAAUAAUUGUUCUUUUCUCACAUUACUGCUUUGUGCUUCCUGAAUGCAUUUUUGUUUGUUUAUAUAUGUCAAAAAUAAUAAAGCGCUGAGCCUCUUGUAAUCUUGUUUACCAUUUUAAAAUAAAGUUUUUCCAACAAA